AUGCCAGUCAAACGUGCCACGACAUGCACGCUGACGGUUCCAACACCAGAGACAAGGCCUGCUAGCAGGGGAAGCACAUCUUCGCGAACCCCGUCCCGAACACCCUCGCGCACCGGACUGUCUGUGCGAGAGUUGCUCCACAGCCAGUCCACGUUGAUGGAAUCCACAUCAAGUCCGCGGAGCUCGCCGAAACCAACAUCACCCAAAGAGAGCACGGGCCGCACCUCUCCGCUGUCUGCACUCGCCCCACAAGCACUCUCCCUGCCUCAGCUUCGCCCGGUGAGAUCGCAGCACCGUCAUCGCACCUGGGCUGGCCCCGCACCUCCUUGCGACGGCUUUGGUAUGGGCGAACGAGAGGGCGGCGGUGAAGAGGCUGGAACGGCCGUGCUACCAAAGGCUUCAAACACAAAGGUGGAGGUCGGCGCCGCAAUGAGCAUUCCCCGCGAACCCCGGACAAACGCUAUUGACCGGCAGUGGGAGGCAGAUGCAGCGUUUCGGCCAACUCCUCAGGCGCAGCUCAUAAGCUUGCUUUCUCCCAAGAGGGAGGAGAAGAGGUCCAAGGAGAAGCCCCAUGGGAUCGAGAAGUCCGAGGCCGAGAACGAGCCCGCCAGCCCCACGAGCCCCAUGAGCCCCGCCAGCCCCACGAGCCCGGGAUCCUCCAAAAGCCUCGGCUUCAGCAGGACUUGGGGCGGAGCUGUCGGAGGCCGGGGCUUCAGCAAGCGACUGGGAGUGCCCUCGCAACCUCCCUCCCGAAGGCCUUCCUCGGACCCUUCGGAACCUCUGAAGAAGAUCCGCAGCUUGGAAGAAGGCGAGAAGAUCUUCGACCUCUACUACUGGGAGAAAGUCCUUCAGCAAGAAGGAGAUGGCGGGAAGGUGGUGGUGUGCCGACCUAAGGACCAAGCAGAUGAGGAGUUUAACUUCGUGAUGAAGAUCAAAAGCAAGGAAUCGCUUCGCGAAGACUUGCAUGAGGAAGAGUUUGUGCGGGCACAAACACGGCUCUUGAAUUUUCCGCCCCAUCCGGGUGUCAUACGUUUGAGGGAGAUCUUAGAAGACGAGACAUUUUACUACGUCGUCAUGGACCGGGCUUCUGGUGGCCCCUUCUUCGAAUGCUUGCUCCAGGAGUACAAAGAUGGACACAUGCCGCCCCAGGCAGUCUCCAGCGUGGCUAGGGACAUCUUGGCCACACUUUGCCACCUGCACAAGCAGGGCAUUCUCCACAGGGACAUCAAGCCCGACAAUUUGGUGAUGCAUCUGCAGGACGACCCUUCAACGGGAAGGAAGUUGCAGAAGGUUGCACUCAUCGAUUUUGACCAUGCAGAUGCAGCAUUCAGUCCCCAAGCUUCGAGAAGUCUGGCAACGAGGCACUGCUAUGGCACCGCACGGUUCAAUGCUCCGGAGGCUUUCUUAGGCAUGUAUUCCGCGCACACUGACUUGUACAGUGUCGGUGUCAUAGUAUAUUUGUUGCUGACGGGAGAGAUGCCAUACCCCUCUGACUUCUUCGACUUUCCAGAUCACAGCCCCAAGUCGCCAGCGGCGAACAGGCGCUGGAUGGAGAACGUCGUGAUGCAAAUGCAAAGCCACCCGGUGGACUGGAGCCACAUGACCUUCACAGAGAUCCCGCAGAGCAAAGACUUCUGCCAGAGAUUGCUUGCCUUCGAUCCGGCCGAUCGUUUUGGCUCCGCGAAUGAGGCGCUCGCGCAUCCUUGGCUGAGUAAGUCUGAGUCCGACUCGGAGGGGUGA